GAGGGAGCGAAGGGUAUAGAGCGACAACAUACUGCGGCUGGGCGGAGUCUCCCCAGCCUAUACGAUUUGUAGUAGUAGUAUCUGCCUUGGUGACUGCAAGUUGCUUGUGUUCCAAGCCUCGAUUUGGACCCUUAAUUCAAGUCUUGAUUAUGGCGGGAGAAGUGGAAGGAAGAGGCUGCGGAUUUAGUUUGGGAGUCCUGGUAACCUUGCUGGUAUUACCACUGCCGUCAUUAUGUACCUUGAGCACAGAAAAGGAACUACAUGUGAUUAAACUCUAUGAAGGGAGAAUGGUCCGGUAUAAUGAGUCAAGAAAUUUCUGCUAUCAGAGAACAUAUGAACCAAAAUGGAGUGAUGUUUGGACUAAGAUACAGAUACGUAUAAACAGCACUAAAAUGAUAAGAGUGACCCAAGUGGAUAAUGAAGAGAAGCUGAAGGAAAUGGAAACUUUCAACAUGUUUGACUUUUUCUCAUCUUUUCUCAAGGAGAAACUGAAUGAUACAUUCAUAUAUGUGAAUCUCUACAGCAACAAAACUUGUGUCAAAGUGCAUUUAACAGACACCGACACUUACUACAGUGUUGCACUUUCUCGAGGAUUUGAUCCCAGACUCUUCUUUGUUUUCUUAUGCGGUCUUCUACUAUUCUUUUAUGGUGACACUCUGAGCAGAAGCCAACUCUUUUUCUAUAGCACAGGAAUCACUGUAGGAAUGUUGGCUUCAAUGCUGAUACUUGUGUUCAUGCUCUCCAAACUGAUGCCAAAGAAAAGUCCAUUUUUUGCGUUGCUGCUUGGAGGAUGGUCCGUCUCUAUUUACGUAAUCCAACUGGUCUUCAGAAAUUUACAGGCAAUCUGCAGUGAGUACUGGCAGUAUCUUAUUGUGUAUCUGGGUAUUGUUGGAUUUGUCAGCUUUGCUUUUUGUUAUAUAUAUGGGCCCUUGGAGAAUGAACGCAGCAUCAACAUUUUGAACUGGACACUACAGUUAAUUGGUCUGCUGCUAAUGUACGUCAGUGUGCAAAUACAGCACAUAGCAGUGACUAUAGUAGUCAUUGCAUUUUGUACCAAACAGAUAGAAUAUCCAGUACAGUGGAUUUACAUACUAUACAGAAAAAUAAAACUAAAGAGAGCUAAGCCGGGCCCACCCCGCUUGCUAACAGAAGAAGAAUACAGAAAACAAGCAGAUGUUGAGACCAGGAAAGCUUUGGAGGAAUUACGAGAAUGUUGCAGUAGUCCAGAUUUUGCAGCAUGGAAAACGAUUUCUCGCAUCCAGUCACCCAAGAGAUUUGCUGAUUUUGUUGAAGGCUCAUCUCACCUGACACCCAAUGAAGUAUCCGUUCAUGAGCACGAGUAUGGUUUAGGUGGUUCUUUCUUAGAAGAUGAAUUGUUUGGAGAGGACAGCGAUGUUGAGGAAGAAAUGGAAAUUGAACCGCCACUUUAUCCAAUUCCAAGAUCUGUCUUUUAGGAUUUGCCUAGCUCUCUUUAAUUCUUCACCUGUGAAGACAAAGGAAAAAGCCAUGCCACUAAGGCCUAUGAUCAUAAGACAGCACAUAUAGUCCUCAUAAAUCACUGAUCAUUUGGUUUGACAAGCGGUUCAUCUGGUUCCUAAGAAACCAGUGUUUGAUCAGUGUUUACUUACUACAGGGCACGCCUGUCGAAAGCUACAUAAGAAAAUAAAACAAAUCAUUAUCACCCACAAAAUAAAAUAUUUUCCAUUCAUAUAAUGUAACUCUAUCUGUGCUUUGGAUGGAAACAUCUCCAUCACUAUUAGUGCAGCCCUUUACCACUUGCAGGUGCCUCCAACAGUAUUUUUUUUUUAACCAAAGAUAUUGCUGAUUUACAACGAAUUGAAAACUAAAUUAAAGAAGGACAUCUCCAUCAAAACUCCUCAACAUAAGUGAAGUAUAUAUGCAACAUGAGUAAAGAAGAACUAGUUUGUGUUGAGGAACAUGGUGCUUUCCUACCAGCCACAUACAGCAGCCCUAUGCAACUCCCCUGUAUUUGCCCUCAAGAUCUGGCUUUGUGAUCAUCUCCAACCAGCAAUGCCAUGCACACGCCUGGAUCAACAUUCAUACAAAGUCACUGGAAGCAUUUGACCAUGACUUCACAGAAUUUUACCAUGGGAGAAGGAGUUCAGCUGAACAGUGUAACUGACCUGUCGGCCUGAUGUCUACUUACAAACUGUUUGCCAGCUGAGUGGGGUUCAGGUCUCUUUUUCACUUCCCCUGUUGUUUUAUUUUUUUUAUAUACAAAAGGUACCUGUGUUAAAAAAAUAUAUAUAUUUUUUCAGUACCAAUAAAAAGAGGAACAAAAAA